ACUGGUCGUUUCUUCUCUUCCCCUUUUACUGAUGUUUGGCUUGGGCGAUUGAGGAGGACGCGCUGUUACCGAGGAGCACAGACCGUUAGCGAACAAACGAACUUGAAACAUGGCUGACACCGAUCUUCUCGACUAUGAAGACGAAGAGGACCAGAACCAACAGAUUGCGGAUGGAGCCGAAGCCGGCAAGGAAGUGAAAACACCUGCCGGAGGAUACGUAUCGAUACACUCAUCGGGAUUCCGAGAUUUCCUCUUGAAACCUGAACUCCUGAGAGCCAUUGUUGAUUGCGGUUUUGAACAUCCGUCUGAAGUGCAACAUGAAUGCAUUCCUCAGGCAAUUCUGGGAAUGGAUAUCCUGUGUCAGGCCAAGUCUGGCAUGGGGAAAACAGCGGUUUUCGUUUUGGCGACAUUGCAACAGCUCGAGCCUGUAGACGGCGAGGUUUCUGUACUCGUCAUGUGUCACACUCGUGAGCUGGCGUUCCAAAUUUCCAAGGAAUACGAAAGAUUUUCGAAGUACAUGCCUGGUGUUCGCAUCGGUGUCUUUUUUGGUGGAUUAUCCAUUCAAAACGAUGAGAAAACCCUCAAAAGCGCAUGUCCUCACAUUGUUGUUGGAACGCCGGGGAGAAUACUGGCUCUCAUCGGCUCGAAGAAACUAUCGCUGAAGAACGUGAAGCACUUCGUUCUAGACGAAUGUGACAAAAUGCUUGACUCGCUUGAUAUGCGUCGCGACGUCCAAGAAAUAUUCAGGAACACUCCGAAUGAGAAACAGGUUCUCAUGUUCUCGGCGACCUUAUCCAAGGAAGUUCGACCCGUCUGUCUCAAGUUCAUGCAGGAUCCAAUGGAGAUCUACGUUGACAAUGAAGCGAAGUUGACCCUGCACGGUCUGCAGCAAUACUACGUUAAGCUGAAGGACAACGAAAAGAAUCGGAAACUGUUCGAAUUGCUCGAUGUGCUUGAAUUCAAUCAGGUGGUCAUCUUCGUCAAGAGUGUUCAACGCUGCAUGGCGUUGUCCCAGCUAUUAGCCGAGCAGAAUUUCCCCGCGAUCGCUAUACACAGAGCGAUGACCCAGGAAGAUCGACUUGCCCGUUACCAGCAAUUCAAAGAUUUCCAGAAGAGAAUUCUCGUCGCUACCAAUCUUUUCGGUAGAGGCAUGGAUAUCGAAAGAGUCAACAUUGUUUUCAAUUAUGAUAUGCCCGAGAGCACGGACACCUAUCUUCACAGGGUUGCUCGAGCUGGACGGUUCGGAACAAAGGGACUCGCCAUAACAUUCGUCUCCGACUCCGAGGACGCGAAAACCCUUAACGAGGUUCAGGAUCGUUUCGAUGUUAGCAUCUCAGAACUCCCGGAUGAGAUCGAUAUCUCAUCGUACAUUGAAACAAACUGAGGCACUAUGCUCAGCCAAGACGCUAAGCAUCUUCUACUUCGAAUACUAUAUACUGAUAUUACCGCAUGCAAAGCCCAACAAGUCGUCUUGAACACCAAAUAAAUCAAUCAUUCAUUGUGUACUUGACGUUCGUCUCAUUGCCGCUCGUCGAAGAGAUAAAAUGUUUCUUUUCGCGCGUCAGUUCCCGCUGGUGACACGAGUCACGAGUUAUCUUGUGCUGUAUUUAAGAAUCUGGCGACGAGCAGCUCAUCUCAAUGUUGGAAGGCUACAUGAAUAAAAGAAGAACGAUUAAAGAAAC